UCGCCCACACCUCUCGCCGCGCGCGAUGCCGUUGCUACCGCCGCCGUCGUCGUCCUCGUCGUCGGCCGCCGCCGCCGCUCCCCCGUCUGGCUGCCUCCCCGCCGACCAGGCCUGCUUCGCGCUCUCCUCGGCCAGCUCGCCCUCGUACCGCUCCUCCGCGACCGCGACGCGCCGCGACGCCUCCGGCGGCGGCGGCGGCGGCGGGGGGCGCGCGUGCUGCACCACCGCGUCCUACGUCGUCGUCCUCGGCAUCAGCUUCGGCUCCCUCCUCGCCAUCCUGCUCAUCCUCUGCGUCAUCCGGUGGUACCUCGUGUGGCGGUCGUCGUCCGCGCGCCACGGCCGGCAUGACGACGCUGGCGGCGCCGCGGACGAGGCGGCACCGGGGCCGGACAAGAAGCGGUCGGCCGGACUGGACGCCGACGCCAUCGCCGCGCUGCCGGAGUUCGCGUACAAGAAGGACGGCGGCGGCGGCAGCGAGGGGGAGAACGAGGAGGAGGAGGAGCGGGAGUGCGCGGUGUGCCUCGCCGUGAUGGCCGACGGGGAGGCGGCGCGCCGGCUGCCCAGGUGCAUGCACGUCUUCCACCGGGGCUGCGUCGACGUGUGGCUGAGGGAGCACUCGACGUGCCCCGUCUGCCGCGCCGAGGUGGUCGUGAGGCCCGCCGGCGCGGUGCGCGCCGAGAAGCUUCCGGAGAGCAGCACGUCGCGGGCCUUGACGUCGCCGGCGCAGACGGCGCCGCGGAUGGCCAUGGACGUCGGCGGGGAGAGGGACCUCGAGGCGCAGCAGUAGAUUAAUUAAUUCUGUAUAUGCUAUAUCUAACCUGAAAGUAGAGAGAUAGGGAUGAUAUUGAUGGCUACGGUGUUAAUUUAAUUGCUUAUUUUCUUUUUGUGUUUACUCUUUUCUUGCUUUAAUUAUUGGGGUAAUUAAAUUGUUGCUAUAGAGAUCUGUGAGAGGAGUGAAUUUAGAGGAUGCUUACGCAACUGUUUGUAGGGUUACAGUAUGUGGUAAUAAAACUGUUUGUACUUUGUAGGCUUGCAGUAUGUGGUAAUAAAAGAAACACAAUAUGGCUUAACUUUAUCACUC